GGGGCAGUAGGCGCCACGCCGAUGUUUGCUUUUCGGGCGAGAAGAAGUAAAAGUUGACGUCAUUGUCCUGCGACUUUGAGAGGAAGGGCGAAAACAUUUCGCCGAGCUGACGCCGAAGCCCCCCAAAAAACAAACAAACAAACAAAAAACAUGGAAGUGUGUCAAUUUUAUCUUCAGGGCCGCUGUCGUUACGGUGACAAAUGCUGGAACGCGCAUCCAGGAGGAGGCGUUAGAGGCUAUAACUCUAACCGCUCUUCGGCUCCCCAGCAGUCUCGCGGAGGAGGCGGGGCAUAUGGCUCCAAGGUCUGGGUGAAUCCCUCUCUGCAAAAAGGAGGCUUCAACCAGCAACAGCCCUCGCGCGGAAGCGAUCAAUGGGCCGAGAGGAGUCGGGACGCGAAGAGCUCCGACUUUAGCUUCUCUUCUCAAAACAGAUUCUCAGCACUCGGCAACAAUAACAACUUUGAGAGGGGAGGAAGGCGAGGAGGUGGAAGAGAAGCGACGGUAUCUGGCGAAGAAGAUGAUGAACAGAAACUGGAGGUGAUUCAGGGUGACAUGAAGACUUGGGAGAGCUCGGGCCAGUGGGGCUUUUCAUGUUAUUGUACCUUCAAGACACAUUUAUCCGGUUUUACUGAUCUAUCUCCAGAAGAGCUUCGGCUGGAAUAUUACUCCAGCAAAGCAUCGGGAGACCCGCAGAGUUAUUUGAAUGGUGUCAAUCUCUUGCUCAAUCAGUGGAGAAGCAGAGUCCAGGAAUUGCUGCUCAUGAAUGCAGCCACUCGUGCAGCGUUGCUUGCAGAACUGAAAAAUCCCUCAUCUCUGGUCUCGUCUGGUGGCUUUGGCUCAACAGCUUCUGGAUUUGGGUCAUCUUCAUUUGGUUUGGCCAGUAAAGGAUUUGGAGCAGCACCAGUUCAAGCAAGCACAUUCAGUUUUGCGUCUCCCGCGGGUGGAUUUGGCUCUUCAGCAGCUCCAACAUCCACACCAGGUUUUGGCAGUGCCAUCUCAGUCCCGACUGGGUUCGGUGCCACCUCCUCUUCAUCCGGUUUUGGUUCCGGCGCUCCUUCGGCCGCAUCGUUCUCCUUCGCGUCUCCGUCCGGCAACCAGCCGGCGGCUUCUUCGUCUUCGGGCUUUGGCUCGGCCGCCUGCUUCAGCUUCUCCUCCGCUGCCAACAACAAUCAAGCGACAUUUGGAAGCGGUUUUGGAUCCGAGGCACCCGCGGGAAGUUUGUUCGGACAGUCGAGUUCUUCCGCCGGCUCCGCCGGCGGCGCCUCGGACACGUUGUACUCCGCCGAGAGCGAUCUGAGCCCUGAAGAGCUGCGUCAAUUCAAAGCGCAGAAGUUCACUUUGGGACAGAUUCCUUUGAAGCCUCCUCCUGCUCAAAUGCUGCGGCUUUGAUGCUCAGAGUAUUUUAUGAUCACGCCCGUGUGGCUCAGGUGACCGAGUUGUGUUUGAAAUGAACGAAGGAAUAACAAGAUUUGUCCUUUUCCCCCGCGUGUUGAAAAGGACCCAUUUUAGCUACUCCCAUUUGUGCUCUUUCUGAAAUGACUCCAGAUGCCCCAAGAGGCUUCCUUUUGACUUGUUAUGUUCGAGAUCUCCAAAUCGACCCGCGUGCCCUUUCCAAGUGUGUACGCGGUCCAUCUCCAUUGCUUUGUUGACGGAUGACAACGACGGGUGCGUCGACCGCCGCUCGAAUGGCCUCUCGCUUGGGAAUGCCAAUGAGCUGAUUGGGAUUCAUCGGCACAUCGGGCGUUCACGGUUUGGUGCUGCCGCGGACGACAAAAGGCCUCUGCGAGUGGAACAUUUAAUUGUAUCGUGCCACUGUGGUUUCCCUGUUGGGAGUAGAAUAUUGAUCCCCAGCUUUUCAGAUUUAUGUUUGUCAUAGGGGCUCCCUGCGCCGGUUAUCUUGUUAAAUACAUAUUUCACUUGCGUAUGCUGGACUGGCUUACAGAGCGACACACCGACAGUAAGAAGCCACGACAGAAGAUGGAGGCUGUCAUGUCAGAGAGAUGUUUAUGUGACGCUCAUGACCAAAGGCAUGUGCAGUAUGUGCAACUGCAACGGGCCCCAGAACUGAAAAAACAAACAAAAAAAAUAGGUCGUGAAUUUUUAUUUUCUGGUUCGUAACGCCGUUAUUUAACAAUGUUGGAAAAAUGGAAUUGAUGCCCCUUAGUGGAGUCACACUACACAGAAGAAAUGCAGAGUGGAGAGUAGAUAUACGUCGCGGUUACGUUUAUGUCAAGAAAGGCCAGAAGCCGAGACUUUGGAAGCAUUUUAGCAAUGCCAUUCUUGAUGUAAAUUAAAUUCCCUUGACUUUAAAAACACAAAAGCUUUUCUUGUGUACAAUUUUAUGCAUGGGCUAAUUCUACCGGGUUGAUGGUUUAGCACGGUUUGAAAGAGCUAUGGUGUCAAAUACUGCUCAAAGUAGCUAACCAGAAAUGAGCUCUUCUUUUGCAGCGGGUCCUGUAAGCAGGGGACACUGUAACCGGCCCCGCCUUAGUGCCCCAAGGUAGCUGGGAUAGGCUGCGGCACGCCCGCGACCCUCGAGAAGAUUCACAGAUGAGAACAUUGACGGAUGUAAGGGCCGUACCAGUGUUUUUUUUUUUUUUUAAUGAAAUGAAAUCCUUUUU